GUUAGUUUUUUGGCGCGAUUUUAUGAGAGUGUUCGGUAAAACAUAAAGUGAUAAUAAUUAACGCGAAAAAGUGAUAACAAAUGCAAUUAUGCAGUCAGCGAAACGUGUGCUGUCGCCCAGCAAAGCGGAUAAUGUGAAUGCAAUAUGCAAAAAGUAUAAACCACAACUGAAUCUCGAUGUACAAAAAGAGACAACUUCGGAGCCGCAGGAUCAGGAAAAUUAUGGAUUUCUGCUAGACGACGACAACGAUUUCGAUUUAUGUGCACUCGAUGCGGCUGUAACAGCAAGCAAACUCGAUCUCACCCGCUGGCAGCGUUGUGUGGUCAAGAGCGUCGAACGUCUGCCCAAGACAUACAAUCUGCUGUUGCAUUUAAACAGCGCAGAUUCCGCUGCAGAGGAUCCACCUGCCACAGCUGAUUGCCAGCUGCAAGCGCCAUGGCAUAUGACGCCCAUCGAACCGGGCGAUGUGGUCUCAGUGCAGGCGCAGUGGCAACCAUCGUUAAGCAGCUAUGUGGUCAACAAGGAGUCGGGCUACUGCGUCAUCCAGCCGGAUAUGCUCAUCUCGAGCACAACGGUGACGGGUUCGCUCUUCUGUCGUCGCAAGGCUGUGCUGCAGGAUCGUUUUCGUGGCGUCGACGGCGCCAAUGCGGUGAUGAUUGUGGGCACGCUGGUACACGAGCUGCUGCAAACGGUGCUCGCUCAGCGCCUGCGCAGCCACCAACAAGUGCUUGCUGCACUCCAGCAACUGCUUGAGAGCACUUCCUUGGCCCAGUUGCUCUAUGGCAGCCAAUUGAGUCAGGCGGAGAUUGAGCUGCAACUGCACAAGUUUGUGGAGCCCAUUGUGGCCUUUGUAGCCCAAUAUAUUGAUGGCGUGCAGUCGACAGCAACGUUGCCUCCAGAGAUGUACAAGGAUCGCAUUGAGGAGAUCCAUGACAUCGAGGAGAAUCUUUGGGUGCCGCAGCUGGGCCUCAAGGGCAAGGUGGAUGUCUCGGUGCGUGUGCGCCGUCAAAAGCAGCCCAUUCCGUUGGAACUGAAGACGGGCCGCGCCAGCUUCUCCAUGGAGCACAAGGGACAGCUGUUGCUCUACCAGCUGAUGCACACAGCGUUGGGCCAGGACACGCACUCGGGUCUGUUGUUGUAUUUGCGCGAGGGAAUUAUGCGUGAGGUGCGCGACGGACGCAACGAGCAGCGGGAUUUGGUGCUGUUACGCAACGAGCUGGCGCACUUCCUGAGCCGCGAAGUGCAGCUGCCAGUGAUGGGUGAAGCACUCAGCGUAUCGCCAGAGCAGCCCGGGAAGCUGCUGCAACCGUUUCAGCUGCCCGAACCAAUUUCACAUCACAGCGCCUGCGGCAAUUGCGCAUACGCGACGCUCUGCUGCAGCUUUGCCAGCACCGAUGCCCAGCUGGAGUUGAGCGACACGCAUCCGCUGCGUCGCCAGAUGGAACAGCAGCUGGCGCACUUGACGCUCCCGGAUCACGAGUAUGUACUGCACUGGUGCGGUCUUCUGGCGCUCGAGGAGCAGCAGCAGCGUCAAGGCUCGCAGUUGCGUUCGCUGUGGACGGAGACGGCGAUGCGGCGACAGCAACAGGGACGUGCGAUCUGUGAGCUGCAGUUGGCGGCGGAUCAGAAGAUAAAGAGUAGCGGCAGCUGUCACAAUGGACGCUACGAACAGCAGUUGCAUUUGUCAGCGCAAUCAGAACUCAAUCUAACGCUGAGUGGCUUUGAGCUGGGUGAAUACGUCACAGUUAGCUGCAGCUCACGCCAGCGUUUGGCCAUUGCAGCGGGAUACAUUAUGGCGCUGAUGCCACGCAGCAUCACAUUGCAGCUGGAGCGUGAUUUGAGCCAGCGAUAUGCGGGCGAAACCUUUGUGGUGGACAAACACGAAUCGCAGAGUUUCGUCAGUUUCAAUUACACGAAUUUGGCCUUGCUGCUGGAGGACAACGAACGCGCCGCGGAGCUGCGUAGCAUUGUGGUUGCCAAGCAGCCGCCGACGCAGCACAAACUGCUGCCGCGCAUCAUUGGCAGCCAAGGCGGUCCAAUGCUGCGUCCACUGAACAAGGUGCAACAGGCGGCAGCGCUGCGAGCGCUCACCACCAGCACACAUCUGCUGAUCAAGGGUUUGCCGGGGACGGGAAAAACCCAAACCUUGGUUGCGAUUGUGCGUCUGUUGCAUUUGAUGCAGCGCAGUGUGUUGAUCACCGCUCAAACGCAUUCGGCUGUGGAUAAUCUAUUGUUGCGUCUGCUGCCGCACAAGUUGCCGCUGCUGCGGUUGGGCAGCAGUCAGCGCAUUCAUCCGCAGCUGCAGGAGAUUAGCGAAGCGCAUUUAACCGCCGACUGUCACACGCUGGAGGAAUUAACAGCGGCUCUACAGCGUCCCAGCAUUGUGGGCGUCACGUGUUUGGGCGCCGGACAUGCGCUCUUUCAGCAGCGUCGCUUCGACUACUGCAUUGUCGAUGAGGCCACUCAAGUGCUGCAGCCGACAGUGUUGCGUGCCCUAAGUCACUGCAGUAAGUUCAUACUCGUGGGUGAUCCGGAGCAGUUGCCGCCACUUGUGCGGAGUCGUGAGGCGCGUUCGCGUGGCGCCGAUGAAACGUUGUUCCAGCGAUUGGAUUGCGAACAGGCGACAGCUGUGUUGACGCUGCAGUAUCGCAUGAAUCGCAGCAUCACACGACUGGCCAACCAACUGACCUAUGGCGAGGCGUUGCAGUGUGCCGACGAGCAAGUGGCCAACGCCAAGCUGCAGCUGCAGCCGCUCAAGCGUGAGGCGGGACUGUGGACUCAGCGAGCGCUGCAAACGCAUCUGGAGCAGGCGGUGUUGCUGCUGGACACCGGUGAUUGCUCGCAACGCUGUCAACAAUUCAGUGAGCGAUCGCAGCAACUGGAGGCGACCAGUGCCAGCAUUGAACUGAGCUAUGGCGAAGCUGCUUCCGCUCCCGCUCCCACUUCUUCAUCUCCUAAGCGUGCGCGUCGUGCGCCAAAGUACACCAACUAUUGCGAGGCAGCGAUUGUGUUGCAUUUGCUGCGGCAGCUGCUUGACGCUGGCUUUGAGCCGUCACGCAUUGGCGUCAUUGCGCCAUAUCGGGCUCAAGUGGAGCUACUGCGCAAACUGAGUCCCCGCCUCAUCGAUGUCGAGUUCAAUACGGUGGAUCAGUAUCAGGGACGCGACAAAGACCUCAUCAUUUAUAGCUGCAGCAAAACGGGACCCAUGGCCACGGGUCAGGACAUGGAGAGGUCGCGUGAGGCUGAAAUCCUUGAGGAUCAGCGCCGUCUUACGGUUGCGAUCACUCGUGCCAAGCACAAACUUUUACUGCUCGGCGAUGCCAAGUGCCUGGAGCGUUAUGGCCCAUUUAAGCGAUUGUUCGAGCAUAUUCCCGAACGUUGUCGCGUCCAGUUGACAGAGGGUCGCAUGGGAUUCAGCUGGCAGACGCUGCUCGAUGGGUUGGCUCAGCUUUUGCAGUAGUUCAUCAUGUUAUUACCAUCUCAUUACCAUAUUACACCAUCAUCAUCAUCGCAUCACAUUUGAGACGCAAGCCGUUUGAUAUUGAUGUCAGAGGUGAAUCUAAAAUUUUCAUAUUCAAAAACCUUUUUGUUUUUUUCUUUGUUUUUUAUUUUAUUUAUGCAUUUA